AUGAGGCUCCUGGUGCUUCUCGCAGCUCCUCUCUCCAUCCUCGUCCUCCACAUUUUGGUGGCGGCCUCCGCGGGCAGCAUGUCCCCGGGCCGGCUGGAGCGCUGGGUGCGCUCAGGCCUCCAGUCGCUGCAGUGGGACCAGCUGGACCGGUGCCUCCGCAUGUCCUCCCUCUCUGAGGCCGAGUGCAGGCAGCUCGCCCACCUGCCGCUGUCCGCCGUGGCCGUUUACGUGUCGGAGCCUCGCACCGCUGCAGGUACCUCAGACAAGGUUCUGGCCAUCCUGCCGGACUCCUCAGGUGGGGUGGUGAGCUCCAAACCGCGGGCAGGUUUCGGCGUCAGCCAGGUGCUGAAUGGAGGGGAGGGUCCCCACAGACACCAGCAGCCUUUUCCUGGCUCCACGGCCCAUGAUGCCGUGCUGGUGCUGGAUCCGAGCCCCGGGGAAAACUUUGGACACCCGGUGGUCCUUUUCUACGUGGACGUGAACGUGACGAAGAAGAGAUGCUCCCACCUGGAUGGUUUCUACCUGGGUGACGAGUGUUUGACUCUGGCUUUAAAGGGUCGUUGUCAGAACCAGCUGAAGCGUCGGCAAGCCGGGCCAGAGAGGCUCAUGGGUAAUGGACAUAGUCGGCUGGCAGGUGGGGCGCUGCGUGGCGGCACCAUUACCACCAGCGGUGCUAGCCGUCUGGUGGAGCGGGCCAUCGGGGGGCUCUGUGAAGUCCACUUCCUGCCACUGGUGGUGGGAGUCGAAGACAGCAACCGAACACAGAGACUCCGAUGUGUGGACCAUGCAGAGUUUGCGAGGUGUCCUCAGCCUCUGCCCAUGGGCUCUCCUAGUUUGCCCGUCUCCAGCUGUGAGCUGAAUAAAAACACCAGACGCUGCCACCAGCAGCCACUGGCCACCCACCUGUCCUGCCGACUCUACCAGACCUGUGACCACGCUGUGCUCAUCUCAGGUGGCUGGCAGCAGCAGAUGACGUUCCAGCGUCAUGUUCAGAACCUUCAGAGGUUCUACAGAAUGCUGCGGAACAACGGUUUUCAUAAAGAUCACAUCAAGACCUUCUUUGCCAGCAGCGGACAACUUCCUGACGACAUAGAGGGUGUGUACUCGGCAACGGAGAAAGCGGUGAUCCGAAACCACGUGUCGUACGUCUGCAGGAAGCAGCACUGCGCCGACACGCUGGUUCUCUACCUGAACUCGCCAACACGCAACGACGGCACCAUGCUGCUGUGGGACGCCAACCUCAACGGCAUCGCUGAUCUGAAGGAGCGGUACUCGGUGAACGAGCUGCUGGCCGACCUCGCCGGCUGCAGGGCGACUCGUGUUUUGCUGUUUGUGGAUCAGAGCUACAGCGGUGUUCUGUCCAAGAGGCUGCGAGGGUCCCAGAAACACCUCAACGUGGUGCUGAUCCAAAGCCAACCCCGGCUGACCCACAACCACCAGAACCAGAGGUUGAACCCGGGCUCGGAGGACAGCAGCUGGUCCCUCAUCAGCCCUGCAGUCUGCCUGCUGGACCACCUGGGGAAGGGUGCAGGGAUAUCUCGCCUCCUGGAGCCGUGGGCCGGCCUUUUAAACGUGACGCUGGCGGGCGCUCCCUGCAACGCCACGCCACCUCUGACCGAUGGAGAGAUGCGGCGAGAGUACCAGGGCUGCCAGAACCUGCCGACCGCGCUGUGGCACCAGAAACACAGGAGGAGCAACUGAGAGAGAGACACUGACACUGAGCGGGAGAGAGAGAGCGACUGAGUGGGAAA